GAGUAAAGGUUAUUACAGGUUGCAUAGGGCUUGCCUAAUAAGGAGUGAUUUGUUGUUCAUGACUAAUCUAUGGACUUUUAGAUUGUGCAACAUCACUGGAAACUGACAAGACAGAACAGGACAAGAGAAGAAAGAAAGAAAACAACAUAAUGAAAAAAUCUUAGCAUAAGGUAGACCAGCGGACUAACCUGAGGAUACAGAAGGAGCAGAGUAGAACAAAACAAGAAGUUACAAACUGUGUCUGUACAGUAGUGUGAACACAUGAGGGCAGGGAUUCGCUUGCCAAUUUGUGGUCGAGUGAAGAUCGAAACCCAAUCAAAAACUUUACAAACACACUGUGUAAGAGAAGAAAGGUACUGGGCACAGUGGUGUAGAGAUGCUCAGGAGAGAGAGUGGGAGCGCAUAGACUAAGAAGGAAAGCGGGGCCGCCUGAGGAGACACAACAAGGAGGAGGAAAGUGGAUCAUUAUGGGAGUCAAAUGCAGGGCUUGUGUUGCCAUCGUCUUCAUCCUCCUUUUGCUUGGCUCCAUGUGGCUACAUGGGAGCCUGGAGAACCACUGGAAUACUUGUUCGAAGUUUUAUAAUAUAAAAAACAAGGUUCUGUCUUUUAUUAAAGUUAAUAGUUCAGAUGAUGAUGUGGCUCCAUUGAAGGUGUGUCCUGGCCAGAGGUUUCAAGUUGCUGAUUUGCUAGCUCACCUGCAGGCAGCACCCGUUUCUACCAAUGAUGUACUGCUAAAGCCAUACCUGGCAAGCUGGGAUGAACUUAUCAAGUUUUUGGAAGCAUUGGGGCCAAUGGUGGGGAUAAUUUCCCAAGAAAUUGAGUCGAAAACCAGCAUCAUCCGUGACCUUGCCCAAAAAGCAGAGAAAGAGGCAGAGAAAAAAAUGAAAGACAGAAAAAUAAUGCCUCAGCAAAGCGAUCCAGUCUUAAUGAUAUCUCAUGACAGAUCUUCAAACUACUCAAAGAUGAAUCAUAGACUCUCAUUUGGUUACACUUCUAGCCGGUCUAUGAUUAAAUGGGAGCUGGAUAACGAUUUGGUGGACUUCCACAAGCAUACAAACUCAGGCUGCAGGACUCUGUUGCGCUUGCAUCGUGCUCUGCUCUGGCUCCAAAGCUUCCUGGAGGAACUGGGGAAGGAUGCAACUGAAGGAGAGCAUCUGCGAAGGCCUUCUGACCUCUGCAAAGAGACUUAUCAGCGCACACUGGCCCGCCAUCACAGCUGGUGGGUACGGAAAGCAGCGGAACUGGCUUUUCUUGCUAUGCCUGAACGACCUUAUUUCUACCAGUUGGUGUGUGUGGAGACGCAGGCAGAAGCUACUGUGGUGCUGAACAGGGUAGUGAAAGCAAUAGAAGAAGUGUACGAAAGAAAUGAAGUUGCUCUACAAGAACAUGGCAUGCUGGAUCUACCCUGAGUGUAGAAAGAGAAGAAAAAUCAAGGGAAAUAUGAGUGGGACCAACCUAAAGAACAGGACACUAAAUUAUACUGUAAGACUGGAGUUUUGAACCCUUAUGAGAAAAGAAUGAAGACACUGCUGGAUAAAUACAAAGCUUAUUUAUUUGGUCUUACUGAUAUUCUGAAAGAGAGGUCAGUUUUCAUGACAGCUGGAAUGGGCAAUUUUUAUUCUCUAUCUGUUAAUGAAAAAGGUUGCCAAGUAAGUAAGUAAAUAAAUAAAUAAAUAAAUAAAACAUCUCACUAUCAAAGAUGUAACAGUUUUGUUGCUAAAAAGUAAAUAUACAGUAUACUGUUGGUGCUAAUGAAUGACCAAUACUCGAGUCCCUUUGCUUAAAGAGAACACUGAGUUUUCAGUGGGUUUGCACAAUAAUAGUUCUGGUUGAUUGUGAAAGAUGCAGGCACAGCAAAUGUGACAGAACAGUCCGAAGUCCUGUUUCAACAAAACUUUUUACAAGCUUAUCAAAUGCAGUUUUAUGGUGUGACUGAUACCUAAUGAUAUGAUAAUGUUCAGAGGCAGGGUUGCAAGGUUUUACCAAUGAAACCUGCCCAAAUGACCCUUCGGAAACAAUUUGAUUGACAGGCAAUCUGACCAAUCAUAAGGCCGAAUCCGCCAUUAUGCCCGACACGCAAAUCAGACAGGAGCUUAGAUUGACUUUGGUGGACUUAAACUUGAAACAUUGUGUUUUUGACGUCUUCCGCAGUUGAAAUGAAAUACGUUCUGAUGUUCAUUCAUGUUUUUUUUUUUUU